UCUCUAUCCUCAAUAAUCUUCAAUUCCAGUCCCUCAAUCGUUCCAACGGGUACUCCUAUCCCAAGCAUCUGCUUGCAGUCCAUCGUUAUUAAACCUAUAUCAUCUUGUAAUUGACCGACCCGUCCUCCCAUUGUUCGACCCGCGACACAUCAUCAACAUGCGCUUCUUCGCUACGAUCCUUUCGGGCCUCGCCCUCACCUCGUCGGUGUUUGCGCAGACCAGCGCAGGCGGUGCUGCUACUUCUGCCGCAGGAACCUCUCCCACUGGCUCGCCUUCUGGUCCUUCCACGGGUACUCUGGCUAUCAACGACUUCCCAGUCACCAUCACCUAUACCGCCCCGAGUUCCGCGCCGGUCACCAUCGUCCUCCGAAAGGGCAACCCUGGUGCCCUCGACACCAUUUCCACCUUGACCACCUCCUCGACCGGCGGUUCUUUCACCUGGACUCCCGCGUCCGAUCUCGCCCCAGGUUCUGACUACGCCCUUGAGAUCUCCCAAGGCGGCGGCGCACCCAACUACUCCGCCCAGUUCGGCAUCACCGGAGGCACCGGUUCGUCUUCCAAAUCCAGCGCCACCUCCGAGAGCACCUCGGCCACCUCGGCCCCCUCGUCAGCCCCCAGCAGCAGCUCCAAUGGCACACAGACCUCGCGCAGCCCCACGCCAACGAACUCCCCCAGUGGUUCCCGCACCCCUAGCGGAUCGGCUCCCGCUGCUACCAACGUUCCCGGCGCCGGUGCCCUGAGCAAGGCCAGCCCGGUGGCUCUCUUCUUCGGCGUUCUUGCCGCCAUGAUCUUCUUCCACUAAGCGUGUCGGAUUUAGGGUUGUCGGAGGUAUGUCGGGGUUAAUUGCAUUAGCAAAAUCUGGUUGAUGCCCCGCGUGACGUAUAAGCAUCGUUGGAUUAAGCAUGUCUGUCUUAAUACUUUCCUUGACCUAGCAUCAUCCAUGAGAGUAUAUCGAUCAUGAAUACCGAAGGGGAAGGACUCGUUUGCGUUCAAUGCAUGUUGGGAGCGGCUGCGGAUGGA